AGUUGGAUCGUUUCUAUUGGUGAGAAUAACGCAAAACAGCGUGUCACAUUUCAACAAUUUACAUUUACUAUCCUUCUUCUUCCUCUCAUUCUAAAUUUCUAUUUCUCCCAUUGCUGUGAAUGUCAUUUUCAACACAGCAAUGCCCAUCGCCAAGUUCUUUCUCUCUCUUUUCAGUUUCUCUCUCCUCACCCUCUCCAUCACCGCCCGCCCCUACGUUCUCGUCCUCUCCCAAGAAGACUUCAAAGAAGAACUCCCUUCCGAUCCAGAUUCCUCCCCCGAGUGGGACGAGUUCGGCGACUCCGACUCACAUAAGUCUGAAGAGGAUCUCGACCCUGGAUCAUGGCGCCAAAUCUUCGAGCCAUCCUCCACCGAGCCACAACCUCAACCCCAAUCCGAUACGGAGGCACUCUACUACUCCGCCGUGACCAAGCUUAUGACGGGGGAUGCGAGGUUAAUUGAAGAAGGCUCCGGUGAGAUUGAGACGGCUGCGGAAUCUGGAUACCCGGCGGCACAAUCAGUGUUAGGGUUUUUGUGGGGAAUGGGGCUUUUGAGAGAGAGGAGCAAACAGAAAGCAUUUGUUUAUCAUCAUUUUGCUUCAGAGGGUGGCAAUAUGCAAUCCAAAAUGGCUCUUGCUUAUACCUACACUCGUCAAGAUAUGUUUGAUAAAUCGGUUAAGCUUUAUGCUGAAUUAGCAGAAGUGGCUGUAAAUGGUUUUCUGAUUUCGAAAGAUUCUCCGGUGAUUGAACCUAUUAGGCUACACAAUGGAGCUGAAGAGAACUAAGAGGCACUCAGAAAAUCUAAAGGGGAAGAGGAUGAGGACUUUCAGAUUCUCGAGUAUCAGGCACAGAAAGGGAAUGCAGCUGCUAUGUACAAAGUGGGCCUGUUUUACUACUUUGGGCUACGUGGAUUGAGGCGCGACCAUUCUAAGGCACUCUCAUGGUUCUUGAAGGCAGUGGAGAAAGGAGAGCCUCGUUCCAUGGAACUUUUGGGAGAGAUAUAUGCGAGGGGAGCAGGUGUUGAGAGAAACUAUACAAAAGCCUUUGAAUGGCUUACUCUUGCAUCUAAGCACCACCUCUACUCUGCUUAUAAUGGGAUUGGUUAUUUGUAUGUCAAAGGCUAUGGAGUCGACAGCAAAAAUUACACUAAAGCAAAAGAGUAUUUUGAAAAGGCUGCUGAUAAUGACGAGGUUGGUGGCCAUUAUAACCUAGGUGUCAUGUAUCUCAAGGGGAUUGGAGUGAAAAGAGAUGUGAGGUUGGCCUGUAAAUAUUUUAUAGUGGCUGCCAACAACGGUCAACCAAAGGCUUUCUACCAGCUUGCAAAGAUUUUUCAUCUUGGUGUUGGCUUCAAGAAGAACGUUCCAUUGUUUAAGUCAUUCUAUGAGAGAAUAGAUGACAUUGAUAUCGACGUGUAUACAAGUCUUGAACCGAUCAAACCUCACCCAAAGGAAGGUUCUUUUUUCAGAGACUGCCUAAUAGAAUGGAGGGAAUUGAAUACUACCGAGGACUUCAUCUCAUUGUAUGAACAAGUCAUGCCUUGCACACAAACAAAUUACCUCGUGCUAUUGCAGAAGGAAUUAUUAAUCUCAAAGCUACUUUCUAGGUUGCACAUGAAAGCAAGGCUAUCCCUUGAACCGCUUCUUAGGUUAAUUGCAGCUUUAUCUAUAGAUCUUCUAGAGGAGUUUAUUCCCCUAUUUCCAAGAAUUAUUGAUUCUUUAGUAUCUCUUCUAGAAAGUGGUGCUAAUAGGGAGCCAGAUAUAAUCGAGCAGAUCUUCGAGUCAUGGUCAUAUAUUAUGAUGUAUCUGAAGAAAUAUCUAGAACA